UAUACAACAUUGAUAGCUACGUGAAAUAAAACCGUGACAAUUUAAACUUCUAUUUCGUUGUUAUCAUUGGAUACGGAUUUGUUAAUUGAUUUUAUAUCAUAACAUGUUUUGAACUAAAAAAAUAAAAUAAAAUGUUUCUCAAUACUUGUUCCGGUUGUGUACAGAUACCAACACCAAUGUACUACUGGAAUCCUUACGUUUUGUCGUCUUACGGCAAGAAACCGGAAGUGAACAUCGCGGACGUUCUACAGCUGCACGCUGCAAAGUACGCCAACGUAAAGGCCGCCGCCGAGUCGAAACGUUCAUCUGACAAUCUGCGCGAACUAGCUCUUGGACGAUACACGAUUGACGAUCGUCGUAUUGAAAAUAAUUCUAGUGUAACGGACAGUGCGAAAACCGCGCUCGAAUGUGACGGAGCACUGAAUUACAGCCGGAAGGACGGGACCGCGUGCGGCACGUGCACGCUUCCCUCUGCCCUCGAACCGCUUCGAGCACUUUGCAGCGCGGGUCCUCGGGGCUACACUCCCUCCAGCCCCGGGACCACACCCGGGGAACACCAGAAAUGGCGGCCCGACACACAGGAGGCGACGGGUAAUAAAGAACUGAAAUUCGGAAUCAACAAAAUAUUGUCGGAUGAAUUUGGAAAAGAAAACUCGGACAGUCGGACAACCAAGCUUGUGUCGACGCCGCGUGCUCACGGCAAGUGCGAAUGUACGUACGACAGAUGCCGUGGUUACAGCACGCAUUUACAAUAUCCGGGUCACGUGUUGAGCGCAGUGAACGCCCUGCAGCCCCCGAACUACCCAACAUCUCCAAACGGAAGCGACAUACUCCCAGGUGCGCAUGCGCAAAACAAAUACCAUUGUUUCUCUACUUUUAGCUGUCCGUAUUCCGUAUUGAGCACGGACGUGAGUCUAGGGGCGCAGUCAAAACGGAAGCGGUCGUGGUCACGUGCCGUCUUCUCCAACCUGCAGCGGAAGGGCCUCGAGCGGCGGUUCGAAGUGCAAAAAUACGUCACCAAGCCGGACAGACGACAGCUCGCCGCCAUGUUGGGUCUUACAGAUGCACAGGUUAAAGUUUGGUUUCAAAACCGGCGGAUGAAGUGGCGACACGCCCAACAACAGCAGUCGAUCGAGGCAGACGACAAUGACGUCACGGCAGACGACAAAUGCCCCGACCCGGAAGCGGACAUCAGUAAAUCAGGAACGCUGGAACACGUGACAAAUAAUGACAUUGAAAUGAUGGAGACAGAAAAUGACUAUGAGUCAAGUUCCGACGACGACGACGAUAUUUCUGUUAUAGAUGUUGAAACAAAACUUCCGGAAAAUAUUGUUAAUAGUGCAGAAUGAUUCUAGUGUAAGGAUGAACAUAUCUGUGCAA